ACAACAGGGACCAGGGUGCGCAAGCAAGCAAGCGACCAUUCUCUUCUCCACCAGCGCCGCCUCCUUUACCCCCAAUCUUUCUCCGCCUCCGCCGCGAUCCCAAGGACCACCAAACCCUAGCACGAAGGCGCCUCCUCUGUCCAACCAUGGCCAACAGCAACCUCCCCCGCCGCAUCAUCAAGGAGACGCAGCGGCUGCUCAGCGAGCCAGCUCCAGGAAUCAGUGCCUCGCCAUCUGAAGAGAACAUGCGUUACUUCAAUGUCAUGAUCCUUGGCCCGUCGCAGUCGCCAUAUGAGGGAGGAGUUUUCAAGCUCGAACUAUUCUUACCUGAAGAAUAUCCAAUGGCUCCGCCAAAGGUUCGCUUUCUCACAAAAAUUUAUCACCCUAACAUUGACAAGCUUGGUAGGAUAUGCCUUGAUAUUUUAAAGGACAAGUGGAGUCCUGCCCUUCAGAUCCGAACAGUUCUUUUGAGCAUCCAGGCGCUGCUCAGUGCCCCAAAUCCUGACGACCCACUAGCUGACAAUGUUGCAAAGCACUGGAAAGCUAAUGAGACUGAAGCUGUAGAAACAGCCAAAGAGUGGACCCGUGUAUAUGCAAGCGGAGCAUGAGCUUUGCACAAUGCAAUGCUCGCUGCUUUGGUAAUAAUCUUCGUGGUGGAGCUCAACUCGAAUGGCCAUUGGCUGGUACAUUUGAAACUGAAGGGGUCAAGUCAUCUGUGGAGAUUUAUCCUCUUUAUGGUGUGUACUUGAGUCUGAUGUACAUUAGUCUAGCUGGGCAUGUAAAGUGUUUCUUUCGUACGUCUGGUCCUUGAGAGAACAUAUGCUUAUAUAUAUAUAUAUAUAUCAUAAUAAUUAUCCUGAAA